AUGUCUUUCUCUUCAUUAGUUACAGUCAUUCCCUCAACUAUAUUGAAACAUUAUAUUGAAGGUCCGCCUAUAAAAUCUUGGGAUUUAAAAUUUCAUUUAGCUGUGUCAUUGUUUAAAAGUGGCGGUCGUUUAUGGAAGAUGCCAAUUGAGCAAACUCAAAAAGAACUUUCCAAAUCCACUAAGAUCAAGACUCCUUCUAAUAUAGUUAUAAAAGAUGUUAUAUUAGAUGAGAGAUACAGACGAAAGAGUGUAAUACAUUUAGAAAAAAUUUUAAACCAUUAUGAAGAUUUGUUAGGCAAGGAAUGGAAAGAUCCAAGUGAUGAACUGCAUGGGGAAUGGGUAUAUGUUAAAGAUGAUAAAAAAAAUAAUGAAACUGAUAAAGUGGUUCUUUACAUGCAUGGUGGGGGACAUUUAGGAUCUAUCGAAUUUAGUAGAAUUUUUACUUUUAAAUUUGCAGAGUAUGCUAAAACUCGUGUUUUUGCAAUUGAUUAUCGUCUUUCCCCACAAAACCAAUUUCCUGCUUCUCUUUGUGAUUCGGUUGCUGCAUAUCUGUAUCUUAUAAAUCCUGGGUCAGAUGCAGGAUUUGGUCCAAUAAAUCCUAAAAGAAUUGUGUUUGCAGGAGAAAGUGUGGGAGGCGGUUUAACUUUCGCAACUCUAUUAUUUUUAAGGGAUGCUGGAUUACCUUUACCAGGAGGCGCAAUUGGGUUGUCACCAUGGGUAGAUUUGACUCAAAGCAUGCCAUCAUUUUGGGAUACCAAAAUAGAUAAGGUCGACUAUUUUCCUAAAACAUUAGGUCUUCACAAAACUGUACCUUCAUCACCUACUACAGAAGAAUACAUUGCUAAUGCUGGAGCUAUAACUGAUAAAAUUGCACCCAAAAAAACCAAAAUAGUUAGUCAUCCAUCUUUCACCGAAGUACCUCGUCUUCAAUUUUAUUGUGCUAAUGAAGCAUUAGCAAUCCCUUACAUUAGGCAACAAGUUGGAGGGCUUGAAAAACUUCAUGAUGAAGCAAUCUUAUUUAGCCAUAAAGCUGCAAAUCCUCAUGAAUAUCAAUUACCUUUAUAUGCAACUAAAAAUUUUGAUAAAUCACCCUUUAAAAAUCCUACUAAAGUUAUACUUGAAGUUUAUGAUGAUAUGCCUCAUGCUUGGCAUAUUUUUUCAUUUUCUAAACCUUCACAAAUAGCACUUGAACGUUGUGGUGAUUUUAUAAAACGUGUCAUUACUUUUAUAGAAAGUGACAAUUCCUCUAUGAUUGACCUUCUUCAAGAAGAGGUAGUUCCUUACUCCCAAUCACCUUCACUUGUUGCAUUAAGAAUUAACAAAAAUGGCGAGGUCAGAGAUUUAGAUGAAACAGAUCGGGAUUGUUUGAAAUGGGAUAAAAUCGGUGUAGUACCCAAAGUUUUAUAA